GUAUCCAAAGGAAUUAUUUAGGAAAGGAAAAUAUUCCAUUGGAUUCAAAUUAUUCUUGUAUGAAAUGAGUCUUGCGGCGCUAGACACUUGGCUUACUCAAGUAGAGAAAGAAAUUGAUAAAUAUAUGAACGUCUCUCUUCCCUUCUGGGAUAUCAUCGUCAUUUUUACAAAGAACAAGAUACUGCUAGAAAGAGGUUCGGAAAUACCUCAAAAGAUUGACUGCAGAAAGUUAUGGAAUCUUUUUCAAGACAAAAAGGAAGCUAUUUCCAGCGGAAUUCUUCUAGAUGAUAUUCAAUAUGACAUACAUCGUUGGUAUGGAGAGUCAGAGGUGGCUCUUAUAUACGGAAGGGAAGCUGAAAAUUUGAAAGGGAAAGGAUUCGCGCUGGCAAAAACAGAAGAUGUUGCAGCGUUGAUUCUGUAUUCUGCGCCCGUUGUUUCUGCUUACGCAGUUCCAGCACUAAAGGCUUUGAUGCAGAACAUUGUCAAAAGUUGAGAAGAGUGUACAUCCGUUUGGGAAUUACUUACAAGUUUUCGUAACUUAACGAAACGAUGUUGUUCGUAGAUGCUUCCGAGGAGUUCUUGAUUCUAUCGCUGUGUUUCACGACUUGCUUGGACUUAAAAUGUCGUAAACAACGAGCAAACAGCCAAGUAUAAUUUCUUUGAUAUGCUUUGUCAUUUCCGAAAAGUUUGUGACGGAAUGACUUCCGACAGAGAAUGUAAGGUUUUACAAUGAAGGUAAUUUUUCAUGCAGAGUGUGUGUUUUUGAAAGAAUUGCAUAUUUUUUUGAUUUUUUCAGCCCAUUUCGCCUUUUUAAAAUAGUCAUCUGUAUAUAAAUUAGGAAAUGUCAAA